AUGAUUAACUGGUCCCUCAACGCAAUUGAUUCUAUCUUUUCAACACGUAAGCGUGGGUCUGGAGAGCCCGUGUGCCCGGACGGGACUUCACCGGCGGGGUAUACUCUUGACAGCUGGAACAAGUUUCAGCCCCUCUGUCUGUCGACCCUGUCCAUUGAAGAUUCGGAAGACGUAUAUAUCUUUGGCAUUUUGGUGGUGGGAAUCCUCCUGUUUGGGUUUGGAGCGAUCCUCUUCUACCACAAAUUCGGAGGCAUGGCAGUUCGCAAGAUUCACGACCUGCUGGCCGACAAAAUUGAUGGGAUGUACAAGGAGCUAAGCCGCGUCGUGGUUGAGAGUGCCGCGAUGUGUUUUUCUCCUGCUGUGUCUUCUCUCCACUCUUAUCUCACAUUCCUCGACCAAGGCCAUAAACAAGGUCCCACAAUCUACAACAACUCACACUACUUCAGUCUCCAGCAAGGAUCCCUCACCCCCGCCUCCCUCUACCUAUCCAUCUUGCUCCCUCCCUCCCCUCCAUUCCUCAUUGUUUUCCUACUCACCCCCUCCCUGAUCCCGCCCCCCUCUGACAGCUACAUUGGGCCGGCCGCCGGAGGUGCUCAUCCCGAGAAAAAAAUCCGUGGUUUAUAA